AUGGCCAUACUGCCCAUCUUCCUGCAGGCCUUUUGGCUCUGCAUCACGCUCUUUGUCAGUUUGGCAGCUAGCCAUCCUGCAGCUGCAGGUACCAGAGCCACAGCUCGCCGCAGCUUCUCCCUCGAUGUUGUCCGCAAUCCUGCCUUCGCGCGUAACGGUCCGCAUGCCUACUCAAAGGCAUUGAAUAAAUACGGUGCCGAUCUACCUGAUGACUUCUUCGAUGCCACCCAGAUCAAAGGCGCAGUCGGAUCUGUCCCUGCUUGGAACCAAUCUUUUGAUCGCGAGUACCUCAGUCCUGUCCUUAUUGGCACACCUCCUCAGGUGGUGAUGCUGGAUAUCGAUACUGGAUCUUCAGAUCUUUGGAUCUUCUCGACCGACACACAGAUCCUUGGCUUCAACGAUCGGCGCAUAUAUCAUCCCCAUAACUCUAGCACAUCAAUCAGGCAGGCGAACACAACAUGGUACAUCACAUAUGGCGAUCAAAGCUAUGCCACAGGUGUCGUAUAUACCGACGACGUUCAGCUUGGCGAGAUCACCGUCAAAAACGCCACUGUGGAGUCCGCUACAACGGCCGCGGAGGCUAUUGUUGACGAUCCUACCAUAUCAGGGCUCCUGGGUCUUUCUUUCAACCACAGCUCGACGGUCUCGCCACAGAUGCCGACCUUGCUCGAUCAGCUGACAAGUGAAUACGAUGUCAAUCUGUUCACUGCCGACCUCAAAUACCAUGACAAGGGCAAGUAUACCUUCGGUGAGAUCGAGGACGGCGCGUACACCGGCAACAUCUCGUGGCAAGCAAUUCUGCCGGGCUCCAACUUCUGGCAUAUCCACAUGACCAUCUUCCAGAUCGGGGGCUCCUCUCAACGUCUCAUCUCCCGAUGGCCCGUCAUCGUGGACACCGGCACGACACUGGCCCUGAUACAGGAGGACCUCGCCCAGCUGUACUGGGACCAGGUGCCCGGCGCGCACUACGACGUGAGCUAUCCCGGAUAUGUGUAUCCUUGCAACGCGACGCUGCCGGAUCUCAUCUUCGGCUUUAACAACGACAAGUGGACGGGGGUCGUGCCGGGUGAGUACAUCAACUACCAGGCCCUACCGACCAAGGGCGAGUGCUACGGCGGCAUCCAAGGCAAUCGCGGCCUGCCGUUCGCCAUCCUUGGCGACAUGUUGCUCAAGGCCGUCUUCGUUGUCUUCGACGCCGAAAAUGAGCGCGUCGGCUUCGCGAACAAGGACCUCCAUUGA